AUGGCAUCGUAUCAAGAGGUGGCCAUCGCCAUCAGCCAUCGAUUCAUGCGGAACAGCCGUGCGUUUACGCGCAGUGCCGCGGACGAGGCCAAGGCGGACGAGGAGGAGGACGAGAUCAUGGGCCACGUUGCGGACGAGCAGGCCACCCACAGUCCCAACACCGCCAGCAAUAUAUAUGCGCGGGAGUGGACGGAACGAGUGGGAGAAGUGGCAGAACGACGAUUACAAUUCUGGCAAAGCAGUCAGGAGUGGCAUCAGUUUUUAGGAUUCCAGUCCACCAUGCGGAAGCUGCGCGAGGAUCAGACUACUCCAUUUCAAGACAGUGCCGAGAACCGUUGGGUGGAAUGGUGGAAAGCCAUCCGAGUAGCUGAUCCCAUCCAGGCGUUACAGGAGAUGAUGGGUAAGCAGAUCGGUCGCGGAGGCACCAUGAUUGUCGUGAUUCCACUGGUGGUAUUGCGAGAGGAUAUCCAGCAAUGUUGCCAGCGGCUAGGGAUCUCGUGCGUGGAGUGGAACUCCCGACGUCCUGUUGAUGGUGCAUCCAUUGUCUUAGUCACCCCCGAGUCCACCGUGACCGAGACAUUCCAGACAUUUAUCAACCGCAAGCAGUGGACCAAGGAGCUUGAUUGGAUUGUGAUUGAUGAGUGCCACAUGAUAUUGCAGGAGGGAUACCAGUUCCAAAAAGAGAUGGCGCAGUUAGGGAAGUUGGUCCAGGCGUAG